CACACACACACACACACACUCACACUGUUGGAGAACCUGGCUUCAGGGUGAAUGACCCCGAGCUGGUCUCUGUGUGCCGGGCUACAGGGCGGUCCAGGUUUUAGACAUCUGCUGGAUUCAGUUUGUUGAACAUAGAGACUCUGAGCUCGUUGUUUCUGUGGAUUAUUUCCUCAACGGUGCAGCACGAUGCGAGAUGUUCAGCUCAAUAAUGAGACCUGCAGGAACGGGUCCGUGGUCCGGCUGUGGUGCGGCUCUCAGUCUGCAGUCUGUCUGUUCACCGGAGAUCAACCGCAGAUCUACACACACCUGGACAACAGCACUCACACAACAGAGUUUCAGACCAACCAGACCUACAACCUGUGGCUGGGCCUGAGUCUGGCCCUCCUGUCCUCCAUCCUGAUUGGUGGAAGUGUCAUUCUGAAGAAGAAAGCUCUCCUCCGAUUGGCCAGAAACGGUCACACCAGAGCGGGUGAUGGGGGUCAUGGCUACCUGAAGGACUGGUUGUGGUGGGGAGGCCUGUUAACCAUGGGAGCAGGAGAGGCCUGUAACUUUGCCGCCUACAUGUUUGCUCCGGCCACGCUGGUGACUCCGCUGGGCGCUCUGAGUGUCCUCAUCAGUGCAGUUCUGUCCUCCUACCUGUUGGGGGAGGUGUUGAACGUGGUGGGGAAACUGGGCUGUUUCCUGUCCGUGCUGGGAAGCAUCUUGUUGGUUAUCCACGCCCCACAGGAACAGGAAGUGACAUCACUACAGGAUAUGACCAACAAGCUGCUGGAGCCCGGUUUCCUGGUGUACAUGUCGGUGGUUUUGGUUCUCUGUGCGAUACUCGUGCUGUAUUUCUCUCCUCGGUUCGGUCGCACCAACAUCCUCAUCUACAUCAGCAUCUGCUCACUGCUGGGAGCCUUCACCGUCUCCUCCGUGAAGGGCCUCGCCAUCGCCAUCAACAGCGUGUUUAAUGAUAUUUCAGUGCUUGCUAGUCCUCUCACCUGGAUCCUGCUGUUCACUCUCAUCGUCUCCAUAGUAACACAGGUGAACUACCUGAACAAGUCUCUGGACACCUUCAACACCCUGCUGGUCUACCCAAUCUACUACGUCCUCUUCACCUCCGUGGUUCUGUCCACCUCCAUCAUCCUCUUCCAGGAGUGGCGGAGCAUGGCGGUGGUGGACGUGGUCACGACGCUGGGAGCCUUCCUGGUCAUCGUGGUGGGCGUGGCCAUGCUGCACCUCUUCAAAGAGCUGCAGGUGACGAUGAGGGAGCUGACCAGUCAUCUGUCUCAGCCGGUGGAGAGGGAGGGGCUCGCAGAGGAGAUUUCAGGCAGUCCACGAGCAGAAGGAGAUGGAGGUGAAGGAAGAAGGAAGAAUAGAAAAGAGGAUAAAUAUGGGCUGAUGGACAACAUGGUGAUAGAGAGUCUGCCUCCUAUGAGAGAGGAGGGACCGAGAGUCUUCAUCAUCAGCUGAGAGAGAAGAACACAGGUUUGUGUUUCCUGUGUGGACGUUGGAGUCCAAACUCACUCUGACUGAUGUUAUAAGCACUUUUUUAAAGGUCCAGUUUGACAGUGUUCCAGUUCACUAUUGAGGUCCAUCAGCUUUCAUACAAAGAAAUAAUAUUUAACUGGACAUACUGUGCAGGUCCUGGACAGAAAUCUGAGGGAAAUUGACCCCAUUUACACUUCAUGUCUUGGGCAGAUCGGAUUACUAUUGGAUCUGAAAAAAGCUGAAAUGCAUCCAAGAAGGAUUCACUUCAGUCUUAACUCUACAAUCUGCAACAUGACUACAAAGAGAAUUAAAACCACCUCAAAGAUACAGAAUGACUAGAAAGAGCCACAAAUAAACUACACACAGGCAGACACCUACAAAGAGACAUAAGACAUUUGAAAGUGAAAGAAAAUGUAUUAAAUGAAAAUGAAAUUGUAUUAAAUCAUGUCUGGAUGGUGUCCAUAUAUGCAACAUUUGAAAUGAUAAGUGUAAAUGGGGCCACGGUCCCUUAUUCUUUGAGAAAAUAAGGCGAUCUCCUGCUACACCUUCAGAUCGCCUUGUUUCCUUUUCCUCCUGAAGGUGACGAGAGAUGUGUUCUGUAAUGUGACAAAACGUUUUAUAUGUGAAAAUUCUAGCCCUAACCCUAACCCUAACCCUAACCCCAACCACCAUAAGUAACCAGCUUCUGAUUUCCUUUAUGCACAAUUUAAAUGACCUUUGUUUGUUAUUGUUGUCAACAAAUCUCACGCAGGAACCAAAACCAACGCUGUGUUUGUCUCUUUAUACUUGCUGGCUGCUCCACGCUGUCUGUGGCAGUCUUUAAAAAUACUGUGUGUAAUGUGUUUACAGUAGCUGUGAACUAGGGAUGCUACCCGAAACCAUGUUCUGAAUUGAGAUCAGUUGUGAAUAAAUAAUAACCUGCAGUAUUUUUUUAGGUCACACACACAUGCACAGACCAGGCAGUAGUGUAACUUGAGAGCACCUCGGAAGUGUGGUGACCUUUAAAGUCAAGUCGACAGUUCAUCAAAGUCUGCUAAUAAACAGGAAAUAGACCCCAGAAUUCUUUAAUACUUUUAUUUAUUUCUUGUCUCAAAUAGAAUAAAACUAGUCAUUUCGUCAACACAUAGUUCAAACUUAAAAAAAGUAUGUGUGAACAGGACAAAGUAUACUCUCAGGAUAAAAGUGGAUUGAUGAAGGUGUUCAAGAUCAUGAUCCUCUUUCAGUUUCAGGUGUCACACUGAGGCCCCUUUUCCACAAAUUGGUUUUUGAACCAGCUCCUGGACUCUCUUGGAGCCGGACAUCGUAUUUAAAGUAAAAAAUGUUUUUAAAAAAUCUACAAAGAGAGGGAGAAUGGUCCAUCUCCGAUGGAUUUAAUGUGCAUUGUGUGUGAUGUAGCAAAGAGCUUGUGCUGGUACCACCUCAUUUUUUCUAAUUUGAACACCUAACAAUCAAAAUGAUAUCCCAUGAAGCAUAAACAUAAUAAUUGAAUUAGUAAUGAUCAGAUCUUCUCAGAAUAGUCCCAAAUACUGUAUCUCUGUGUGAACAACAGGACAUCCUUUUAGUGCUGACCCUCCAAAUCAAAGUAAUUGGAUGCAUCAUCAACACAAUGCACAACGACCUUUUGAAUAGGACACGCCUAAUUUGUUCCCCAAGGAAAACCAACUUUUCAGGUUUUGAAUCAAUGAGUUUCGGUGGAAAUGCUGUGAGCCGGCUCCCCACUGGUGGACAAGGACUAUGAGAGGGAUCAGAUUUUGGGCAGGAGGGAUAAUCUGUGAGUUUUAAUUAGGGUUGUUCAGAUACUAAUACCAAUGUCAGAGAAACCUCCGAUACAGCCUUAAUGCUGGAUGUCUGGUUCUAAGCUGAUUUAGCCUGGCUAGGUAAUGUAGAUUUUCACAGAUGGACGGACAUGAACGACAGUAACGUUAACUUAACCGCUGUAAACAACCAAUUCAUUGUUUAUUUUGAUCAUUUCAUGGAUUUGUUGACAGUAAUAAAACACAGACUGUUUGGUGGGAAACGUUGGAACAUUUCAAAAAGAUAUCUCUCCAUUGCACUUUAUUCAUUUUGUUCAUUAUCAUUUCAAGAGCUGUACAGACUUGGAACAUAUCUUGUAAAAUUAUUGAUAAUACACAAUUAUAAUGAUCUUAUUUCUUACAUCACUGUAAAAAUGUUGAAUAUUUCUAUGGUAACUGGUGAAAGUUCGUUUGAACAGUGUUGUAUUUCUAUCUAUACAUUCCUUGACUUUGUUUUUAUUAUGUAUUUAUUUUUAUUCUCACAGAGAGUUUGAUUUUAUUUGAAAGAAAAACCAUAUCAGGCGGUCAGACUUUGUUUCUUCUUCCUGUUGGAGGAUGUUUCUGUCUGACUUUAUGUUUCCGUUGUUUCUGUCGUCUCUGCUGAUGACUGCAGUCUAUGAUGCAGGCGGACAACGCGAACUGUGGUACACACUGACCAUCAUUCAGUGUUCGCUGUUAUGUUAGGGAAAAUACAAAAACACAUACAUUUCUAUUUAUGAUGUAAAAGAACUGGUGGAUCUAAACAGCCAAAUAACACAUUUGUAAUGAAAGCAAAACAACAAAUAGAUGCAAAAGGACAACUUUUUUGCCUCCACCGUGGAUAAUGUGUGACCCUGACGACACUGAAUGAUGAUCAGUAAUGAACUGUAUAGUGUGUGUGUGUGUGUGUGUGUGUGUGUGUGUGUGUGUGUGUGUGUGUGUCUGCAGCUGAAGACUCGGCUGUUUAUGAAGCUCAGACUAAUUAAUCUAAUUAUAGACUUGCACAGUGUUUUGAAGCUGCUUAAAGAAAACAAACCGCAGUUAUUCUCUGGUUUUAGCUGAUUCAACAAACAUCGCAUGUACUUCGCAUUAACGCCCGUCAGUUCCCACAAUGCAACUGUGUUUGUGGUUCUUAGAUUAUUCAUGUGUGUUAAAGUUUGUGUAAUCCGUUGUUAUGUGUGUGGUGUGGACCCUCACUCUCUCGCUGACAGUUGGAGGUUCAGAUUGAUACCGCUCUCAUGUCUUUACCUUAAAUAUGAAACCACAGCCAGUUAGCUUAGCAUAAAGACUGGAGACAGAGGAAAACAGAUGCCUGGCUCUGUAACAAAAUCCACCUUACGAGCUCCUUUAAAGCUCAGUAAUUAACGUUAUAUGUCUGUCAGAGACACAGAACCCCACAUACAACAGCAAACGAUCAUUGGACUCUUUGGUUGUUGUGCAGAUUGAACAAAGCGGUUCAUACGUUGAUUUAAUUACAACAUUUGUGUAAAGUCUAACAUGAAACUGGAAUUAUUAGAGUGUAAAUAAAGGUUAUUUUUUUGGUCGAAAAGUAACAGAUGUUAGCUGCUACAUUAGCUUUCUUGAGUCAUGUGAUCUGAGCGCUGUUUGUGUUUGUUGUUGAGGUUUUAUCUCUCGCCACAAAACCGAGAACGGAUUCUUCUCGGUUCGGUCUGUCAUGUGACCGGGUUGCUCUGCAGAUGAAUAACUGAGCAGACUUUUGUUGCUGAAACUGGUUAUUAAAGCUUGAAAAUAAAACAUACUUUGUACACAAUCAGGCUAGCUGUUUCCCCCUGCUUCCAGUCUUUAUGCUAAGCUAAGCUAAGCGGCUGCUGUCUGUAAUGGACAGACAUGAGUCGGUUCCUCUAACUCUGCCCACAUGACGUUCACUGAAUUGUGUUUUUCAGUCCGUCUGCAGCAGGUUUCUGUUAUUGAAAUGAAUGCAAACUGAAUUCUGUCUGCAGUCUCCCUGUAUUGUUUUGAAAAGUGAGCAGCAUUUAUGCAAAGUAUGUGUGAUGUGAAGCUAAGCUGCUCGAACCAAAUGCAAAAACUCUGGUUUGGUUUUUGUUUCUGAUGCGUCAAACUUUAUAAAUAUAUCUUUAUAUUUUUAAUGCACACGGUUCAUUUCAUUAAAGACUCUUAAACCAC